ACAAAUAAAAACGUAUAAUUCCUGCGCCCGACGCACGUAAACAGAGAAAGGGAACCAGAAGAUCCCUGGAAACCCUACGUCUGAUUUAAGUCAGUUAUCAUGUUAGUAAACCGUCUUAUCUAAAGCUUAACAGAGCCAACGUCAGAAUAAUACGCAGCUUGCGGUCAGUUUGAUGAUGAAAGUGUUCGCAGUGGAGCUUUAAACCGCAGGUUAACGCACUGUUUCUGGACUAACAAAUAAAAUAUUCUUUCCCUUCAGAUGAUGGAGGAUUUCUCUGGUUUGGCUCUGCCUCCUCUAUUUGGAGGUCACAUCCUGGAGGCAGAACUGGAGCCUGGCGGUGUGGAGCUGGGACCAGGAGAGGUGGAGCUGGGCCCAGGAGGCACAGAGUUGCUUGAGAGCACAACACAAGAAGAUGAAGACAAAAGAGCUCUUGAUAAAAGGAAAUAUCUGGCUCUGAGCAGGAGAUGUAAAGAAAUCGAACAGGUAAAUCAGAAGAUCCUGGGUCGCCUUCACCAAGUACAAAGAAUUACACGACGUUUGAAGAAGGAACGGAGAUUCCUCAUGAAGACCUUAGAUGCUCAUGGGGAUGACUACAGAAAUGCCCAGCUCACUAUACUACUUGAGGAUGAGCCUGUAGCCCAUUUGGAUCCUCCUGCUGGAGCAGAGGAUGAAAAGCUCAACGGUGUUUCGGGUUCCAUUCCAUCUGCAGCAUCACAUCAUGCAGCUGGACCAAAGAAAAAGAGACAUCGAAUUCCUCGACAAGAAAAGGAUAAAGAGCCACAGACUGAUCUAGACAUGUCAGCAUUGGCAGAGACACAGUUUGGAGAAAUGUCCAGCCCGACCUCACUGUCUCAUUGAUCAAAGCAUUGCCCUGGAUAUCGUGAUGAUGAUGAUGAUGACAGCAGUAACUGUUCCCGGUUUCUAGGACUGUUCAAAACGCUGCCCUUCUUGAGUCGAGCUUUGUAAUGUUGUGGUUUCACUUGAAUGGUGUGAACAGAUUGAAUCAUUAUAGUUAUUUGCCCGAUAAAUGUGUAUGUUUGUUUUGUAUAUACGAGUUUGUUUUUAUAGUUGAUAGUUGACGGCAACAUAUAAAUAUGACAAGUAAAUAUGACAACCUGCUUUGGUAAAUAUUUGACAUCUCAGAUUACAGAGUAAACAACUUAUUAGUAUUAUUAAGUUAUGAUUUUGUCUAAGUAAGCAGACUCAUUGUCAUAUUAAAGUUUUACACAUUGCUA